AUGGAAACAGAAUGGGCACAUUGUAAAAACAGCGAUCCUAGAGGUUUUUAUGAUGGAGCACGAAACUUUGUUAUUAGUAUUCAUGCAAGUAAGGGGUACCCGAAGAAGAUCCAAUGCCCUUGUAGUGGCUGUAUAAACAUCUGGUCUCAUCCACCUAAUGAAGUAUUAGAUCACUUGAUCUCAAAUGGGUUAUAUGAGGGUUAUUGUAACUGUACCAUUCAUGGGGAUCCGAACACUUCUGUACAACAAGAAAUGAUGGAAAACAUGGAGAAUUUAGAGACAUAUAGAAUGUACAGAGAUGCAUAUUUAGAUGAUGAAUUUAUGGAACCUGCACCUGCACCACUAGAGCCUAAUGUUGGAAAUUUAGUUUCCGAAGCAGAACUUCCUUUAUUCACAGGCUGUCCUUUCACAAAGAUGUCAGCAACAGUUAUGUUUUACAAGUUUAAGGCAAGAAAUAGUUUAUCUGACAGUGGCUACGAUGAACUUCUAGAGAUGGUUCGUAGUCUUCUACCUCCAGAUAACAUACUCCCUAGUUCUCUAUAUUCAACAAAAAAAUUACUCAAAGCAUUUGAUCUAGGGUAUGAGAAGAUUCAUGCUUAUGUUAAUGAUUGUUGUUUAUUUAGAAAGAGUCUAGAGCACAUGGAGACUUGUCCUAAAUGUGGUGCCUCUCGGUGGAAAGUAAAUAAGCGCACCCAAAAGAUUGAGAAAGGAGUCCCUGCAAAGGUCUUGAGAUAUUUUCCUAUUAUCCCUAGAUUUAGAAGAAUGUUUAAGGAUUCUGAAAAGGCAGAACAACUUACAUGGCAUCACACUCAUAAAAGUCAAGAUGGCAAGAUGCGUCAUCCAGUUGACUCACUUGCAUGGAAGAAGAUUGAUAGCAAGUGGCCUUCAUUUGCAGAAGAUCCUCGUAAUCUUAGACUUGGUCUUUCAUCCGAUGGAUUUAAUCCGUUUGGUGAUCUUAGUUCCCGAUAUAGUUGUUGGCCUGUGAUCUUGGUUGCAUAUAACCUCCCUCCAUCGUUAUGCAUGUCCAAGGAACAUUUAAUGUUGACAUUACUAAUCCCCGGUCCUAAGCAACCGGGAAAUGACAUUGAUGUAUACUUGGAACCCCUUAUUGAAGAUUUAAAAGAGUUAUGGAUCAAUGGGGUUACUGCAUAUGAUGCGUUCACCAAGUCUGCCUUCAACUUGAAAGCUAUAUUGAUGUGGACAAUAAACGAUUUUCCUGCUUACGGGAAUUUGUCGGGAUAUUCCACAAAGGGAAAGAAAGCAUGUCCGGUAUGUGGUGUUCAAACAUCCUCUCAAUGGCUGCCAAAUGGAAGAAAGCAUGCAUAUAUGUGUCAUAGGAGAUUUCUUGCACAUGAUCAUCCAUAUCGGCACAAUAAAACUUGGUUUAAUGGAACCGAGGAACAUAGAGUGAGGCCUAGAAAGCUAACUGGUUCAGAGGUAUUUCAAGUGGUGAAGAAUAUUAAAAAUAAUUGGGGUAAGGAGGCUAAGCGUUGCACAAGAAAGAAAAAAAAAAAGGUUGGCAGCAGUAACAGCAGAAAAAAGAGAAGAACUGAAGGUAAAAAAAGUUCAGUCAAUGAAAUGGAAGAUGACUCCAUUGGCAAUUCAGAUGAUGAUAGUGAUGAUGACAGUGAGGAUCCUUUAAAGCCUUCAAAGAGAUGGAAGAAGAAAUCAAUGUUUUUUGAGUUACCAUAUUGGGAGGCUUUGUUAUUGCGACACAAUUUAGAUAUGAUGCACAUUGAAAAAAAUAUAUGUGAGAGCAUCAUUGGCACUUUACUCAACAUGAAGGGAAAGACGAAGGAUAACUUGAAUUCUCGGAAAGAUUUAAAAGUGAUGGGUAUUAAAAAGAAAUUGCAUCCAAAAGAAGAUGGUUCCAGCAAAUCCAAAAGUGAUGCAGCACCUUACGUGCUUUCAAAGAAGGAGAAGAAGAUAUUUUGUAAGAGGUUAGCCAAGUUGAGAUUGCCGGAUGGGUAUUGUUCUAAUCUUGCAAAUCGUGUCUCUUUACAAGACAACAAGAUCAUGGGUUUGAAGUCACACGAUUGCCAUGUUUUGAUACAACAGAUUCUUGCGGUAGCUUUGAAAGGACUUCUGCCCAAAGGACCAAGAAUUGCAAUUUUUCGCUUGUGUUCUUUUUUCCAUCAGUUAUGUCAAAGAGAGAUUGAGAAGAAAAAUAUUGGUGUUCUUGAUGAAGAAAUUGCAGAGACUGUGUGUAUGUUUGAAAGGUUUUUUCCUCCCUCUUUCUUUGACAUUAUGGUUCACCUACCAAUUCACCUUGCACAAGAAGCUCUAAUUGGUGGCCCUGUACAUUUUCGUUGGAUGUACCCCUUCGAAAGGUUUAUGAAGGACCUAAAAGGAUAUGUCAAAAAUCGAUCAAACCCUGAAGGAUGCAUAGCAGAAAAGUAUUUGGCUGAAGAAAUGACACGUUUUUGUAGUGGAUACAUUAAAGGAGCAGCUGAAAUAGGUGUUCAAAGUAGACGCAAUGAGGAUUUUGAGCAUGAAACAAUACUAGAAGGGCGACCACUUGGUGAGGGGAAGUUAAAACUAUUCAGUUCUUCUAUGUUAGAGAUUGCUCAUCGAUUUGUGUGGACAAAUAGUUCAGAGGUCGAUCCAUGGAGAGAAAUGCACAGGGAAGAACUAAAGUAUUCUGAUACGCGUCUUGAGCAUGAUGAAAACCUUCUUGAACAGAGACAUCUUAGUACUUUUAGUGGAUGGUUAGCUGAUAAGGUCAAAUUUGGUGAUUCAAGAGAUAUGUCAGAUACAGUAAAGUGGAUUGCUUGUCGGCCAAAAGCAGAUGUGGUAUCACAUACAGGCUUCAUCAUCAAUGGAAACCGAUUUCAAACUGAGGCCAGUGAGAAGAGCACACAAAAUAGUGGUGUUUUUGUUGAAGGAGACACUAUGUGUCGAGCAAGUGCAAGGGAUAAUUUUCAGAAGAUGGACAGAAUAUCCUACUAUGGUGUUAUAAGAGAUAUAGUUCUGCUAGACUACCGUCAAUUUAAGGUUCCCCUAUUUGAUUGUUAUUGGGCUAAUAUAGGGACCGAUGUCAAAUUUGAAGAUGAUUUUACAUUAGUGAACCUCCACAAGGGGCAGCAUCAGUUUGAUAGAGAUCCGUUUAUUUUUGCUUCCCAAGCGAAACAGGUUUUUUAUUCAAGAGAGAGUGACACUUCGAAUUGGCAUGUUGUACUCAAAGCACCGCCAAGAGGGUUUUUUGAGAAUGAUAGUGAUGAAAGUGCUUACAUGCCAGUAGAUGUAUCACAGCUAGACCUCGACGUUGAGGAUGAAGAAUGUGAGAGAUAUGAUAAUGAGGAAAUCAAUUCGGUAAUUGUAGGAAUUGCAUACAAUAAUAGAUAUAUCUCUGUGUAUGUGUUUGUGUGUGUUCUGGUAUCAAUAUUUGUUAUACUUAAAUGA